AUGGACGCGGUGGAGCUCCCGAGCAUCGACUUCACCAGCGUGGACGCGUCGGCGCCGGGGACCGGGCGGUGGGACGCGGUGCGCGCGCAGGUGAUGGACGCGCUGGCCACCUUCGGCUGCUUCGACGCGCACUACCCGACGCUCGCCCCGGCGCACCGCGCGGCGCUCUUCGACGGCGCCGUCCGCCCGCUCUUCGCGCUGCCCGCCGACGUCAAGCGCCGCAACACCUACGGGCCCGGCAAGCCCUUCCACGGCUACCUCGGGGAGCUCCCGGGCCUCGAGGCAUACGAAAGCCUCGCCAUCGUCGACGGGCACAGGCCGGAGGAGAUCCAGGCCUUCGCCGAGCUCAUGUUCCCCGGCGCCGACAACGCUGCCUUCUGCGAGACCGUUCAUGGCGCGGCGGCGCAGAUGGCGGAGCUUGAAGGGACGGUGCGGCGGAUGGUCAUGGAAGGCCUCGGGGUGCACGGCGAGGCCCAGAGCGAGCCCAUGUGGCAUCUGUUCCGGGUGUCAGAGUACGGGGCGCCCACCGCCGACGAGAAGGAGAGGGAGGUGAGGUACGGGUCGCACCAGGACACCAACUCGCUGAGCCUGGUGUGCCAGCACGAGGUGGACGGGCUGGAGAUGCAGGCCAGGGACGGCCGCUGGAUCCUCGUCCGCCCGUCGCCGGCGUCGCUCGUCGUCAUGGCCGGCAACGCUCUCCGGGCGUGGUCGAACGACCGUGUGCACGCGCCGUUCCACCGGAUCAGCGUGGGCGGGGAAGCGACGAGGUACUCCGCCAUGCUCUUCUCCGUCCCCGGCGGGUCCAUGAUCCGGGCGCCCGACGAGCUCGUAGACGAGGCCGGCGGCCAUCCUCGCCGCUUCAGGGACUACGACUACGACGAAUUCAUUCGGUUCUGCGUGUCCGAGGAGGGGGGUCGCCACGAGGACAAGCUUAAGGCCUAUUGUGGAGUGUAGCUGCAGGCUGCAGCAGGGGUGUUAAGCAUCGAGAUGAUUAAGCUUGCUUGAGCUGCAAUUUUUGUUGUCCAU